CUGCCGCGGCUUUAUCAAUAGAUCAAAGAACAGAGCAUUUCUCCAUACGCGUUGAGAGAGAGAGAGAGAGAGCAGAGCUUAAACUAAUCUCUCUUACACAAAAUCCCAAUCAGGGUCCUUCUCUUUUACCCUCUAAUCUUUUUCCAUUGAUAUUUUCUUCUUCAUAUCUUCUGCUACUUUCUUCCCUUCCCCAUAAGUUUUUAUCCAUUAAUCUGUUCUUUUCUUGGCAGAGCUUGUUGGGGUGGGUGUGGAGUUGGCUGUUUCCUUUCUUCUUCUUUUAAAUAAUAAUUCCUUUUUUUUAAAAAAAUUAUCCAUCUGUUGGUUUGUGUCUCUAAAACAUGUGGGGUUUUAUUCUUUGCCUCCUAAACAAAGGCAAAUGUUAAUCUUUUCUGGAUCUGCGGGCGUGAUUUUGGGGUACAAUAUGGGGCAUGUCCAUUAAUAUAUAUAUUGCUUCCCAUUUCUUUAACUUCUUUUAGCUUCUUUUCUAUUUCUGAAGUUUACUUCAAUUUUAAGGGAGUUUGUGUAAGAGGGCUUUUUGGGUUUUCAGUCAACAGAUGGUUUACUUCAUCGGUUGAUACAUAGAGUAUAUAAGUGUAAGAAAUGGGAUCUAGUAAUGCGUUCUAUUCUGGAGAGUUUAAUUUGGAUGCUAAGUGGCUAAUUGAUCCUAAGCUUCUCUUUGUUGGGCCAAAGAUUGGAGAAGGUGCUCAUGCCAAAGUAUAUGAGGGAAAGUAUAAGAAUCAAAAUGUUGCUAUUAAACUUGUUCAUAAAGGAGAAACCCCAGAAGAGAUUGCCAAGAGAGAAGCACGGUUUGCAAGAGAGGUUGCAAUGUUAUCUAGAGUUCAACAUAAAAAUCUAGUGAAGUUUAUUGGUGCUUGCAAGGAACCUGUAAUGGUGAUAGUAACGGAGCUUCUAUUAGGUGGUACAUUGCGUAAAUACCUGCUGAAUAUGCGACCAAGAUGCUUGGAGAUGCAUGUGGCAAUUGGGUUUGCACUUGAUAUUGCUCGUGCAAUGGAAUGCUUACACUCCCAUGGAAUUAUUCAUCGUGACCUGAAGCCUGAGAACUUGAUCUUGACUGUCGACCAUAAAACAGUUAAACUUGCGGAUUUUGGUUUAGCCAGAGAAGAGUCAUUGACAGAGAUGAUGACUGCUGAAACUGGGACAUAUCGCUGGAUGGCUCCAGAGCUUUACAGCACUGUCACAUUAAGACAUGGCGAGAAAAAGCAUUAUAAUCACAAAGUGGACGCUUACAGCUUUGCAAUUGUCUUGUGGGAGCUCAUUCAUAAUAAAUUGCCCUUUGAAGGCAUGUCAAAUUUACAGGCGGCAUAUGCAGCUGCGUUUAAGAAUGUGAGACCUAGUGCAGAGGACCUUCCGGAGGAUUUGGCAAUGAUUGUAACUUCAUGUUGGCAAGAGGAUCCAAAUGCUCGGCCAAAUUUCAGCCAGAUCAUACAGAUGCUCCUACGGUAUCUUUCCACUGUAUCACCACCCGAGCCUGUCAUUCCUUCUCGGAUAUUCUCUUCUGAGAAUUCUGUAUUGCCACCAGAAUCUCCCGGUACAAGUUCUUUAAUGGCCGUAAGAGAUGACACUGGGGAAACUCCAAACACCCCAGUUGAAGACAAACCAAGAGGUUUCUUUUUCUGCUUUAACCAGUGUUACUGAUCCCGCGAAGGCACAAAGUCGCCCCCGCAGGUACUUAGGCUAGCAUAAUAAACAAUACUAGUCUGAAAUAUUAGGAAAUACAUCUUGAUAAGAAAAUGUCAAAUCUAGUUUAGUUCAGUUUAAAUAGGAAGGUGUCUGGUCUCUGAUGAUCUCCAUUAACUUUUCCAUACUUGUAACAUUUUGUUCUGACUGGGUUGCACCCGGAGGAAGGUCCAUCCAAAGGCCUCUACUCUUGUAGUCCUGUUAAUCAUGAAUCAAAAUAAAUAUGUUAGAAUUACCAUCAUUUCUGAU